UUCUGUGCCAUGUCACUGCCCUCAGCUCAGCAAGCACAGGGCCUCUCAGGCCCUAGGCAGACCUAGCAAAUGUCCCAGAGUCCAGCCCAAGAGACAGAGGUGGCCGGGCCGGGUCUGAGUCUCCCCCUGGCUCUCCUCAGCUCCCUGGGAGCAUAUAGAGCCAGCUGUGUGAGCUGAGAUCUGGGGUUGUGCAUGUGGGGACAGCUGUGAGGCACGUGCGUGUCAUGUGCAGGAGCCAUGUGGCCAGUGAAGGCUGGAGGAGGUUGAACUGACCAGAGAGGCUGUCCCUUCAGAGCCAUGGGUAUAGCCAGGUAACCCCUGCAGGACUUGGCGCUUCUCUAGGCCAGGCUCCAUAGAGGGUUAUUUUGCAUUGGGAUCCCAUCCCGGCUAGCACCUGCCUUGCCACACAGUAGGUGAGAGGUAACCCAACUGCCACCUGUUUGUGCUGCCUGCUGUCCCAUGAGGGAGGGAUGCUCCCUCAGUCCUGCCUCCCUCGACAAGCCUGUACCCUGGAGUCUCCAUACAAAGAUCCUACCCAGCUCUUGUCCCCUUGAAGGCAGUGGCCUUCAUAGGCUCUGGGCCUUGUUUCUUGGGAUGGAGAGCUGGCCAAGGCUGUGCUCAGAAAAAAGUACCGAGCACAGGGCAGACUGAGAACAGCAGCAGAGCCACUGGUGGAGUGACUGCCCUCUGUGGAGUGACAGAUGGCCUUGAAGGCUGUGGCCUUCAUAGGCUCUGGGCCUUGUUUCUUGGGAUGGAGAGCUGGCCAAGGCUGUGCUCAGAAAAAAGUACCGAGCACAGGGCAGACUGAGAACAGCGGCAGAGCCAGUGGUGGAGUGACUGCCCUCUGUGGAGUGACAGAUGGCCUACUUUUCUUACCUGUGACUUACCUGCCCCCCAACCCCAUAGUGGCUGAUCAUGGUCAUUUCAUUCCUGUCAAGGUCUUAGGGCUAGUGCUGUGAGCAGGCCCUCCUUGUCACUCCUUGGUCCUCCUGGAGGUUCUGCCGCAUUUGCAAAGGUCUGGGUAAGGGAACAGGCCCUGGCCUCAUAGCAGAGGCUCAAAAACGAGUGCCCCUCCCCUCUCCUUCCUACAGGCCUUCACCUGGCUGCAGAGCCUAUUAGGCUCAGUUUCUUUGCCAUGGUUGUACUCAGCAGGAAAGAGAUGGUGAAAACUCCCUUGACUUGGCUUUAGCCUUAGAGCAGCUUUUAGAGGAAGGCGUCCCAGUGGGCUGCCUUGUCCUGCCCACCCUGGCUGUAGGGAGCCCCCCACACUCUCCCUGUUGGGUUCCACAGCUCCAUGCUCAUCCUCACACACUUGAGGGAGAACAUGGGCACAGCCUCUAUCUAUCAGUGGGAGGUCCCAUGUGUACCCGCAGCCUGCAGACCUCAGCUGUUGGUCAGUCCUAUACCUGAGAACCACAUCCCACCCACCACACCAUGCCCUGGGCUAGUCAGGUAGUGACCUCUGCUGUGCUUGCCCCUUCCCUGUGCCUGAUUACCUGUUGGUUAAAAAUAGGGUGGUCACAUUCCCACUGCCCACCUCAUGGAGCUGUUCUGAAGUUAUGUAGGUCAUUAUGAAAUACACAAAAUUCAAGGAACAUAAAAUCCUUAGACAAAAACAAAGCCCUCCCAGCAACACCCAUAAGCUGAGCAAGUUGAAACUUGCAUAGGUGAAUCAGAACGGACGCUGAAUGUGUUUCUUGGAAGUGAAAUAAUGGUCCUUAACAGUCUUGUCUCAAUACUUUAAUGGUACAUGGUACAUGGAAAAGCACUUUGUUCCCUUAAAGGAUGACUAGAGGCCACAGCCACUUGACAGUCCUUGUGCGGGUGAGGUGGAGGCUGGUGGAUGUGCGUGAAAUGUGCAUCCCUGGACCUCAGUCCAGAGCCUCCGGGCCACUUCCCCCCACCCCCGGAGCAGAGACACUCAGUCCCCAGUCACCGGUGGUCGGUGUCCAGUGUGACAUGGGCUAGCUCCGCCCUGGUGCAGGCAAAAGAGCUGGCCCCUUAGCGAGUCCCAUCAGGGUCGGUGCUGCCACAUGGGUCGCGUCGCACUGUUUCUAGGGUGUACGUUUUUCCUUUUUUACUGGGAACAAGAUUCGUGUACGUGGCUUUGGGGAAACAGACUCUAAUGUGCCACGUAUGUGACCAUGUGGACUAUUCCAAGGUGCUGCUGCCACACGAAGAAAUCUGAGGGCCCUCCGCCGGCCGCCCCCGGGGAGGCCGGGCGCGUACGGGAGACGGACUUUGCGGAGCUCCAGCCCGAAAGGCGGAGCACCCACGGCGCAGGCGCGGCGCGGGUCCUUCUGGGCGGAAGUUCCGGCAGCAGCUCCGCUGUGCACGCUGCGACCCAGCGCGAGCUCAGGCAGCCCUCGCACCCGGUGGGUCCGAUGGCCGCUUGGGUCCAGUCCAGUGCCCAGAGCAGCAUUCAGCAGGACUGGGUGUGUGAGCCACCGGAUAGCAGACGCUGGGGCCGCCACUGGAGCAUCAGCAUCGAUGAGCGCCGGCGGCUGGCAGUGCUGGGCAGCUGGAAGAGUCCAGGCUGUGGGGACAUCAUGCAGAUCGUGGCCCAGCUGGUAUCAGAGGAUGUGGACAAGGACGUGCUCUUCUCUCACCCACUGAGGCCCACUGAGUCUGCCAGCGCCUUCCUGGCCCGGAGCUCACCUUUCUGGCAUGAGACUUCGAGAUCGCCUCCCUCCUAAGAACCAGAUUCAGCUCAGUUUCUGUCCUCCUGUGCCUUUCUUUGGGGGUCUGCCAGUGGGUGGUUGUGUGCAGCCUGUGUGUCCUAUCAGGCAUCAUGGCCUGACGUCAAGGACCCCUCCCCCUCCUGAGGCCUCAGGAGACCUGGCCAGGGAGUGUUGGGGGGUACUAGGGAAGGGGGCAUUGCCCCAGCCUGGCCUCAGGGCUGUUAGGAGGAAGCUUUGGACCCACCUAGGCCUGAGUGGGGUGCACUGGUGUCCAGGCAGGGGCUAGCUCAUGAUUCGGCUCCUUUGCUCACCUGGGCAAGGGCUGGCCUGGGGACUGGGCAUCUGCCUGCUUAAGGCCAGGUUGUGGGCCAAAACCAGAGGUCCCAGGGAUGGGGUGUUUCCAUGCCAUGGACACUGAGGGGUCCCAUUAGGUUCUGCCUCUAAAGACCCAGUUGGCACAUGUGACCCAGUGGGGAGGUAGUAUGGUGGGAGCGGUGGGAGCAAGGGGUCCAGGGAAGGCCUGGAUACACAGGGAGGCUCCCUGGGAGAGAAGAUGCCCCUCAGCCUAUGGACAGUGAGCUUGGUGUGAUGCCUGGGCCUGCAGUGGUGACUGCCUUUGUCUGCCAGGACCUGCAGAAGGGUUCUAAGUUCAGGGUGAUCAGGCAGGGCUGCAUUCUGGGCAGACCAAGCUGGAAAGGG